AUGGCCCCUCACGCCACAGAUGAUACAGUAACAAGCCCUUCGCUAGAAAGCACUUCACUAGAGCGACCGAAAGAACCCGUCACGAUAAAUCAUGGCGGAUACAGGUCUCUUCCAGUCGCCAAUCCGUGCCUGUCCUACUGGCAUCGCACAACCAGAGCUUUCCCAUACCUCAACCACAACCAAGACUCUCCCGUUCCAUCGCAAGCCAAAUAUCUCAUCAUUGGAUCCGGCCUCGCGGGAACAUUGACAGCCUGGUCUCUCAUCGAACGCGGCAUACCCGGAAACGAGAUCCUCGUUCUGGAAGCCAGAGAAGCAGUUUCAGGUGCUUCGGGCCGUAACGCAGGCCACUGCCGCCCCGACGCAUUCCGAGGGUUCGCUGCAUACGCUCGCGUUCAUGGCGAAGAACAAGCCAAGAAGAUCGUCGAGAAUGAAAAACUGGUUUUCGAGCAAGUGGAUGCUUUCGUCAAGGAGCACCAGGUACCAUGCGAUUUGAAUUCGACGACGACGUUUGAUGUUUGCUUGACGGAAGAGUUCGCGGCGUACGAGAAGGACAGUUUGGAGAAGUAUAGGACUGCUGGAGGCGACGUGUCGCACGUUAAGUUCUUUGAGGGCGAAGAAGCGAAGAGCAGAACUAAGGUCGAUGGCGCGAUCGCGGCGUAUGAGUGGCCUGCUGGAUCGGUCCAUCCGGCUAAACUUACGCAGUGGAUGCUGAGCAGGCUUCUUGACAAGGGCGUGCAAUUGUUUACGCACUGCCCUGCGACCGAGAUCUCGAAGCAUCACCCAGGAAGCGAUGGUCUGAGAUGGAACAUCGCCACACCAAGAGGAAUCGUUGCAGCGGAGAACGUGGUGCAUUGCACAAACGCGUACUGCGCCCAUCUCCUACCCGAACUGGCCAAAUUCGUUACGCCGAACAGAGCUCAAGCACACUCUUUUGUGCCCUCGGCCUCAUUGUCCGGCGAGAAAGCGCUUAGCAGCACAAUGUCGCUGCGUUAUAGCCUUCGACAGUUCUUCUCGUUCAUCCAGAGGCUUGGCGACGGCACUGUUGUGUUUGGCACGUCGCGGGAAAACGACACCUGGAGCGACGACACCAAGAACUCGAUCGUAACAUUCGAUGAUACGGCCUAUAAUGAAGAAGUAGCAUCGACCGCCGAGCAAGCAUUUGAGAGUUUGUUCGAUGGCGGGAGUAAGAUCAAGAGGCACGGCGAGGGUGCAGACAACUACUGGUCGGGUAUUAUCGCUAUGACUCCAGAUUCCGUGCCCAUGGUAGGACCAUUGCAGGGCAAAGAAGGGCAAUACAUUUGUGCUGGCUUCAACGGACACGGAAUGGCUCGAAUCUGGACAUGCGCCCCUGGCGUGGUGAAGCUCAUGCUCGGAGAAUCGUGGUCGGCAACUGGACUGCCGGAAUGCUUUCAGUACGGUACCGCGCGGCUAGGCAGAGCUGCAAAGCACAAUAUCAAAGGCGUGUGGUAG